UCUGCCUGAGGUGGGUUUGACAGAGACCUUGACCAGCCUACCCUCCUCGGUUAACCCGCCCUCACCCACCCUGGGGGCCCCUAGCGGGCCCCACAGCCACCACUGAUUUCUCCUUUUACCACCGUCUGUGUCUUUCAGCAGCCUUUGCCCUCCAUGGCCCUGGCAGAGCCAUCGCAGGUGCGCCACAACUACCACCCCGACUGCGAGGCCGCCAUCAACAGCCAGAUCCAGUUGCAGCUAUAUGCCUCCUACGUCUACCUGUCCAUGGCCUUCUACUGUGACCGCCACGAAGUGGCCCUGGAGCACUUCUCCAGCUUCUUUCUGCGUCGUUCCCAUGAGUGGAGAGAUCGUGCUGAGAAGUUGAUGGAGCUACAGAACCAGCGUGGAGGCCGUGUCCACCUCCAUAACAUCACCAAGCCUGAUCGUGACGACUGGCAGAGCGGCCUCCAGGCCAUGGAGUGCGCCCUGCACCUGGAGAAGAAUAUAAACCAGAGCCUCCUGGAGCUGCACCGCCUGGGCACUGAAAAGGGGGACCCCCACCUCUGUCACUUCCUGCAGCGCCACUUUCUGCAUCAGCAGGUCCUGAUCAUCCGUGAGCUGGGCGACUACCUGACCAACCUGCGCAGGAUGGAGGCCCCAGAAGACCACCUGGCUGAAUUCUUCUUUGACCGGCUCACCCUGGGCCGCAGCCACCACGACAACUGAACAGGACUGUACCCCAGCCCAUGCCAGGGAGUCUUCCCCGGUGGGUCACCAGGCCAGGUCUACAUAUUGCCCUUUCAGCAAGUUUCCUUCAGUUUGGGCCUUUCAGUUUGUUAACUUCCAAUAAAGUUAUUUUUUGGUUCUUAAGGAAA